AUGCCGCCGAAGAAGACUGAAGAACCUGAAAAAAAACCAUUGAUAGGUAGAGUUGGUACGAAUCUUAAAGUCGGAAUCGUAGGAAUACCCAACGUUGGAAAAUCAACGUUUUUCAACGUUUUAACGAAAAGUUCGGCAGCAGCUGAAAAUUUUCCCUUUUGCACCAUCGAUCCUAAUGAAAAUAAGGUACCCGUUCCCGAUGAAAGAUUUGAUUUCUUAUGCGAUUACUUCAAACCUCUAAGCAAGGUUCCAGCAUUUUUAAACGUCGUCGACAUUGCUGGAUUGGUUAAAGGUGCGGCAGAAGGACAAGGAUUAGGCAAUGCAUUUUUAUCACAUAUAAAAGCUUGCGACGCAAUUUUUCACUUACUAAGAGCUUUCGAAGAUGAAGAUGUUACGCACGUCGAGGGAGAAGUCAAUCCAGUGAGAGAUCUCGAAAUCAUAGCAGAAGAAUUGAGAUUGAAAGAUGAAGAAUAUUUAAAUCAACAGUUGGAAAAACUAGAAAGGACCGUUUUGAGGGGAGGCGAUAAAAAAUUAAAACCCGAAUACGAUAUUUUAUGCAGAAUAAAAACAAUGUUGGUCGACGAGAAAAAACAUUUAAGAUUCGGCGAAUGGAAUGCAAACGACAUCGAAAUAUUAAACAAACAUUUAUUUUUAACGACGAAACCUGUCAUAUAUCUCGUGAACCUUUCGGAAAAGGAUUACAUUAGGAAGAAAAAUAAAUGGUUGUUGAAAAUUAAGGAAUGGGUAGAUAAAAAUGAUUCAGGUGCGAGCAUAAUACCUUUUUCUGGAGUUUUCGAACACAAACUUUCGGAAAUGCCGGAAGACGAAAGGAGCGCUCAUUUGAAAGAAAUAAAUGCGACGAGAAAGGUACGAAAGCCCCUCAAGCGGCUGGUAAAAUUCACACGGAUUUCGAAAAAGGUUUCAUAA